GGGCAGAGAGCGGCGCGCUGCUCCUCCUCGGCACGGCACUGCCCUGCUGCGCAUCGCUGCCGACCCACUGAAACCGCCUGGAUUUUCACCUCCUUAGUGAGUAUCAGACAUGGAUGCUUUCCAGACGAUCCUGAAGUUCUUUAUGAACCGGAAAACCGCUAUAGGCUACAGUUUUAUGGCGCUGCUGACAAUGGGAGGUGAACGUGUGUUUUCUCUUGUUGCUUUCAGAUGCCCUUGCAGCAAUGAGAACUUCAGGUACGGUUUGGUAUUUCUCUUCUCGCCAGCUCUUGUUUUGCUAGUUAUUGGAUACUUCUUGAACAGCAAGACCUGGAAACUCUUUACAGGCUGCUGGGUGAAUCCCAGGAAAAUAUUCCCCCGAGGGAAUGUCUGCCAUUUCUUUUACGUCUUUGGCCAAAUCACUUUAAACGCUCUGGUAGCCCCAGUGAUGUGGCUUUCCGUGGCCUUGCUCAACGGGACUUUUUACGAAUGUGCCAUGAGUGGCGUGGAAAAUCCCGCCUACUUACAAGCAGUUUGCCACAGGAAAUCCGAGAAGUGCUUUGAAGAGCUACACAAGGUAGCCUGUGACAAAAGCUCCCUGCCCUUUUCAGAGAGCGACGAACUGAAAAGAACACUUCAAGCACAGUCCCAGAUUUUAGGCUGGUGUGUGAUAGUUACCACAGCUCUCCUCUCCCUGCUAACCACUUGCUGUGCCAGUUGCCAGUCAAAAGUCAGCCACCUCCAGCUGAUGUUCUGGAGAGUGUACGAGGGGACAGAGAAGGAGCAACUGGAGCAGAUUUUCCAGCUGUAUGCCACCAAGCUGAGCGAGCGAAACCUGAAGUGCUUUUUUGAAAACAAGGAACCCGAACCCAUUUCUCUGCCAGCUUUCCAGGCAUGGGAAGAUGCUUCCCAGCUCUACUCUUUCAGCAGCAGCAAACAGCAUUAUAGCACAAUUCACAGGCUAGUUGAAGAAGGCCAGAAAGGAAUCAGUGAGGAAAGAGAGACAAUGCUGGACCUUGCGGACAGAAGGGAAGAACCAUAGACCAAGUAUAUUUUCAGUUUUUUUAUAUCUUGUUAAUAUGGCAUACUUCUAGUUGGUUUGGUCUCUAUAUUUUUUCACAAUGGCCUAUUUCUUCUUCAUCAUGUUUCCUCCCGGUUAGAUACUUGCUCCAAAAGGAUGGACUGAAAUUAUUUCCCUACACAAGUGAAAAGGCUGCAGUACUCCACAGCACCCAGGGUUCAUGUGACUGGCUCAGCAUCAAGAGCUGACAGCACAAAGAAAUGAAUAAUGGCUUCUACAAGAGAGUUUUAACAAUAUGCUAUGUAAAAUGUGCUUGUCCUGUGUAAAUCAAGAGACUGUCAACAAGUAAAGUCUUUUUAAGUGUGUGAAUAUAAUAACAAGAUACAUGUGGCUUUCUGACAGCCCACAGAAAGUACAGGUUUUCUGUCCAGGUCAUUUUCAGCCCAGUUGCAUGCACAGCCUUGUUUUGAGGCACCAGUGAUCCCACAAGGUUUCUCUGUCUUUGGGUAUUUUGCCUCUGUAGAACAUAUCCCUAUUAUCUGCUCCCAGUCUAGACUUUCUCUUUGUAUGGAUAUAAAGUUCUACUUUCGGGUACUGGGUGCAGCCUAUAGUGCUAUGUAAUGUUGUUGUUUCUGGGCCUGCAGCCAGUGUACAAUGAGGGCUUGGAAGGAAAUUCCACUUUUAAAGACAAGAAAAUAUUUUCACAGAUGACUGACUUUCAUUUUUUUGAAUAUCCUAGGAAAACUUAGUGUCUGGAGCAAGAAGAACCAGCAGGCGAGGCAACUGUGUCAGUUGACACAUUUGUCAGUGCCUCUGAUAAAUGCAUUUCACCCCAGAGCCCUGUGCUUUACCUCACCCACUUGGAAUUCAUAACAUGGCUCUCAGGGUGUUCAGAGUAUUUGCAAAUGCUGUAUAAAAGGAGAACAAACUUACUUUCCCUGGGGUGGCUGGGCAGGCUUUUGUGCAGCAUUUUAUUGCCAGUCUCUCUGAGUCUGCAAAGAAUCAUGCACAAUUUUACUGUGCUUGAAUCAUGCUCUUCUCAACAAACCAGGGUAUUCUGCCCAGCUGUUCUCAUACUCAGUGGGCUUCUUCAGCAGGUAAAAGCAUCUAUAUACAGACCAUUACCCUUUAUGAAAUAAAACACAAGAGCUAAUUCAACUA